UACCUUGUGCAAAUGAAGCCAAAAAUACAAAAUCAAUAUCGAGAAGAGUCACACCAAUAUAUGAGGAGAGACACAAAACAAAGGAGAAUAAAGCAUCAUCGAACCACACAAGAGCCCAUUCUUUCUUGAGUCGAAGACAUAGCAUCCAAACCACUCCUUGUAACAUCGUUCAUCAGAAUGGCAAAAAGCAAAGAUACAGCUCGUCCAAUACAAGAUUGACCAUGACAGUUGAACACAACAACACUAUAUGCCGCCUUCUGAGAGUUGCUCGAUGACGACUCAUCUCAGUGAAUCACUAAUCUCGAUUACCCGAUUGCUGAGAAGGUUGUACCAGAUCGCUCAGAGCUUAAGCAAAGCUAUGGAACCGAAAGAGAUAGAACCAUGACAGAUUAUAGCAAAAGCACACAAAGGAUAGUUGAAAAACAAAAAAACACAAAGGAAAUCCAGAUGCCCCUAGCAAGCACCACUACCGAUGAUCUUCCAACAAGUUUUUGUCCAAAACCGGUUGAGCCCGAUUAUACCCACCGACAUACCAGUGGUUUGACAACCAUGCUAGGGUGCCCUUAAUUUUGUCCAUAACCGUAUUGGUCUCUUAAUUUUGAGUGUAGCAAAAUAUGAUACAUGAGAUUAAAAACUUGGUAAAUUUACUUACGGUUGACACCUAAAAUUAAUUUGGCCUGAAUUAAAUGCCGCAUUAAUUAGUCUCGGCAUUUAAUUCGAUACCGCGGGUAAAAAACGGCGUCGCGGAGAGUUAAAACAGUACCGCGAAACAGAAAAACGGUACCGCAAGGAAGCUCACCGAUACUGCAAGGAAGCUCACCGGUACCACGACACUGGAAGCGAUACUGUUUACCAGAAAGCAGGAUGGGGUCGCGCGCGGAGUAUUGGUGUUGGAAAAGGAGUUAUUAUUAUUAUUUUUAUUUCUUGCGGGAAUGGGAGAAGUGGUACCGCAUGGAGACAAGCGACACCGCAGAGAGUUAAAACGGUACCGUGGAUUUAAAAACGAUGCCGCGAGAUCCUGAUAAGCGGUACCGAUUAAUUAAAAACCAUAUCGGAUAAGUGACCAAAAUUCGCCCAGCCCAAUGCGAGCGCCGACUGGCGGCGGUUCCAUGGAUGAAUAUUUUUUGGCUAUAUCAGCGGUGUCGUUUAAUUCAAAACAGUAGCGCGAGUAUGCCCAACGGUGUCGUUGUACUAGCAAACGACAGUGUUUAAAAUAACAAACAAUGUCGCGAAAGGAGAAGCAAACGGAGCCGUUUUGGCGCUAAUGAUGUCGUUGGUCAACACGCGAAUUUGACUAGUGAUGGCCGGAUUGAUCAAUUAAUAUUUUAAUGAGUGUUUAGGACGGUGUCAUUUAGUUGAAAACGAUGCCGCAAUAGGAAAGAGACGACACCGCGGAUUAUAAAACAACACCGCGAGUAGGCCAAAACGAUGCCGCAAUAGUGUAAACGACAGUGUUAAAUUUAAAACAGUGUCGCGAAGCUCAAAAGUUCAACGACAUCGCGGGACUAGAAAACGAUGUUGUUUAACUAAGAACGGCGCCGAGGGGUGAGAGUUUGACGGCGAGGUAACAAUGAUGGCCGGUUUACUUAAUUAAUAUUUUAAGGGUCAUUUUAGACGGUGUCGUUUAGUCGAAAACGACAUCGUGGGAGAUAUCAACACCGUCGCGGUACUGAAACGAUGUUGUUUAAUAGAAAACAACGUCGCAGUGGUGAGAGUUCAGCAAUUGUAGAUUUUGGCUUAGUGUCGUUUUGGCCAAGUUUUCGCGUGUCCAAGCGGUUUCGCACUCGUGGGAGUUACGCAACAAGGAGGAAGUUACCUGCACGGUUGACAGGAAUGAAGACGUGGGAGACAAAGGCGCGAAGGCAGUCGCUACGGUUGCGGGGAGAAGAGCGAAGUAUAAAGAUUGGGAAGAGAGAGAAGCUCGAGACGGCAAAAUCAAAUCACAAACUGCACCGUCGCAGAAUUUAUCUUUUUUCUCUCUAGUUCGUAGAACUUCUCUGUCAGAGACCUCCUUUGGAGAGUCGUAGUAGUUGUAGUCGUAGUCGCGGAGCUCUUCAGAGGAACCUCCAUAGGAGUAGAGGUAACGUAACUUAGAACACUCCUGGUUCGAUUUUCUGGUUAUUCGCCGAACACCCUCGUUCGAACGUAGUUUGGAGAAGUGGUGAACCGAAUAACGGUUGUUUGAUUAGAAGUCAAAGGUGUAUCAAUCAAAUCAACAUCGCCGACGCCAGCAGUGAAUAUUUGACGGUCGUCUUGGUUUCUGUUUUAAUCGAUCAAAUCAACGGCGCCGACAUUCGGCGGCGGAUAUUUGGCGAUUGUGUUGACUUUGUGUUUUUUUUUGUCUCCUUGAAAACAGAGCGCAUUGAACGCGCGAGUUUCGCCAACGAAACACUUACUUUUUAAAUCCACCUGUAUUUCUUUGGUUAACUCAAAUUUUUGGGGGGAAAUUGUGCUACAAAAUUAUAUUAUUUUUUUACAUAUUUUGCAAAAAUGGUUUUUAUCACUAGCUACAAUUUUUAACGAUCAUUCGGCUUACUCAAAAUUUGAAACUUUUUGCACUGAUAAAAGGAGUUUAUCAUGAUAUAUAAUAUUAUGUCAAUUAUGCGUCGCCGAUAGAUUCCCCGUGCCACGUUUAAUGAACAACUAUGACUUAAGAAAGAGGAGAAUUACUUUUUUUAACAGAGAAAUGUCAAGAAAAAACAAUCAAAAGAACAACCCCUCCCUUCCUGCAUCUAGAGACCAGAAUUAUAAUCAAAAUACGCCAACUCUAACAAAGACAAAGAAAGAGAUUUACGUGCCACUCUAUGGGCAGCCCUAUUGACGACUCAAGGAACUGCCAUAAAAAUUACAAAAUUACAUCAAGCGGAAGCACGAGAUCAACUUAAGAGAAUCGUGUAGGACAGAUCCACCUAAAAAAUUAUGGAAUGAGUUACAAGUGAGAUAGAUGACUCCUUAUAUGGGUCUCUCAUACAAGGCAUCAAUGCCCCCUCAUAAUGGUCCCUCCCCUUUACUACACCUAUCAAGUCACCCCCCCCCCCCCCCCCCCCCCAAACUCUCAUAAUAUCACCCAUAAUGUAGCUCAUUAUUGCACCAUUAAGCUCAUAAAGGUGGAGAACCGUAGAGGCAUCUCUAUGCUUCUAGUCUUCCUUACACGCCACAUGUGCAAAGCGCCAUGUUGUCACCAUGUUAUCUCAAUGUCAUCUGCCACAUGUCACUUUCUCCCCAACCUAUGCUCGCGACGCCCCGUCCUUGUGAUGGAAAGCCUCAAUCAAAUCCUUGUCCUUUCAUUGCGUGAGCUCAUUCUCCCAACUAGCCUCGCUUUUCGGAAAGUUCCACCACUUGACCAAGUACUCCACAUGACUCAAUGCACACCACGACGAGGAAUGACACGAUGGGCCAUGAUCCCUUCGACUUCAUGCUCUUGUGUCUUGGUGACGAGUGUUGGUGCCCGAUGUGACUCUGCCCGCUGCUCAUCCUCCUUGUCUUCAUUAAAAGCAUUGAGUUGGCUCACAUGAUAACCAUGUGGAUCUCCAAAUGCGAGGGCACCUCUACCUUGCCAACACUCUUCAUAAUAGGGAAUGGCCCUUCAUAGCGGCGAAACACUCCUUGGUGCUGGGCGCAAUAGUGGGAUUGGGUGUCGAGCUCAAAUGUGAGUUCGGGUACAACGGCGGGCUUGGAUGCAAUAGUACGCCAUCGGGUUUCAGGUGUCGGACCUAAGCAAAAUAGCUAACAUUAUUUUUUUCAAAUCGAUAAUAUACUAAUAUCCCAUAAAUCCAAUAUUUUUUU